GAGGGGGGCCAGCCUUCUUGAGUCGAAUGCUAAAUUUGAACGUGGCACAAAUUCUUGUCGAACCAAAACCAGUUUAACAAACUUUUUUUUUUUAAGCCGGUGCGCCUGGUCAAUUCUUUUAAAUGUUUAUUUUUUCUCCGAAGCUGUGUGUGCUCCCGUCGUAUGGGUGUGUAACGGUGUGACAUUUUAAUGUGUAGGAAUUCUGGUCUGGCCUUUUUUCUCUCCCCACUCCUGACACUGUAUUUCAAAUGAUGGACAUUUUCUUUCGUGAUUACCUUGAAUACGUGUAAUUAUCUGGAUAUAUUAUAUAUUUAGACUAAGAAGUGUGGAUUUCACCUAGUCAAUGGAGUGAAAAGAUUUUUUUUUUCCUUAUAUAUAACGGAUACAAUUUUCAAAGGUACAUGAUACACUAGCAUUCUCAGGUAGGAGGAGGAUUCCUGACACGCCAUGGUGAUCUUAUCCAAGGGAGAUCACGUAUGGAUAGAACCAGACAAACCCGGGGAGUUCUCUGUCUCCCUUGGGGCCAAAGUGGUGACCUCAGACUCUGGCAGGAUACGGCUGCUGGACGACGAUGGUCAGGAACACUGGGUGGAUGGGUCGCAGGUGCUGCGUCACAUGCACAGCACCUCUGUGGAAGGGGUGCAGGACAUGAUCAGCCUGGGAGACUUGAAUGAGUCCGGCAUUCUAAGGAAUCUCUUUAUACGUUAUAUGGAACAUCACAUAUAUACAUACACUGGCUCUAUCCUAGUAGCUGUUAACCCUUAUGAAAUCCUGAACAUCUACACAACAGAACAGAUCCAAUUGUACAGAGAUAAGAAGAUUGGAGAACUUCCACCACACAUCUUUGCCAUUGCUGACAAUGCCUACAGCAGCAUGAAGAGAUACCAGCAUGAUCAGUGUGUUAUUAUCAGCGGUGAAUCUGGUGCAGGCAAAACAGAAAGCACCAAACUCAUCUUACAAUUUUUGGCUGCAGUAUCUGGCCAACAUUCUUGGAUAGAGCAACAAAUCCUGGAAGCUAAUCCUAUCAUGGAAGCUUUUGGUAAUGCAAAGACUAUACGUAAUGAUAACUCUAGUCGGUUCGGCAAAUAUAUAGACAUCCACUUUAAUGACAAGGGAGUGAUAGAGGGAGCAAAAAUAGAGCAAUACCUCCUGGAGAAGUCUCGUAUUGUCAGUCAGAUGCAUGAUGAGCGCAAUUACCAUAUAUUCUACUGUAUGUUAUCUGGCAUGUCUGCAGAGGAAAAGGCCAAGCUGGAACUACAGAAUGCAAUGAACUAUGAAUAUCUUAUACAGGGUGGAAGCAUCACUUGUGAAGGUAGAGAUGAUAAAAAAGACUUCUCUGACAUAAGGGCAGCCAUGAAAGUUUUAAUGUUCAAUGAAACAGACAUUUGGGAGAUUCUGAAAGUCCUGUCUGCCUUGUUGCACCUCGGCAAUGUCAAGUAUAAUGAGAUUGAGUUAGACAACAUUGAAGCGACAGAAAUCCAAGACAUUUCUUACAUCAACAAAGUAGCCAGGCAGUUGGAGGUGAAUUCUCAGGCCCUGAUUGAUGCAUUAACCACAAAGACAAUAUUUGCUAAAGGAGAAAGUGUCACAUAUACUAUGAACAAAGAGCAGUCACUUGAUGUUCGAGAUGCUUUUGUAAAAGGCAUCUAUGGUCGUAUGUUUGUCUGGAUUGUGGAGAAAAUUAACUCUGCCAUUUACAAACCAAAGACAGGAAGUUACCGCAAAUCCAUAGGAGUCCUGGAUAUUUUUGGAUUUGAGAAUUUCGAUAAAAAUAGCUUUGAACAGCUGUGCAUCAACUAUGCCAAUGAGAACCUCCAGCAGUUUUUCGUCAGGCAUAUCUUCAAACUGGAACAGGCUGAGUACAAUUUGGAAGGGAUCAGCUGGCAGCACAUUGCCUUUGUUGACAACCAGGAUGCCUUGGACCUUAUAGCUGCUAAACCCAUGAACAUGUUGGCCCUGAUUGAUGAAGAGAGCAAGUUUCCUAAAGGUACAGAUGAAAGCUUGUUGAACAAACUUCACCAGUAUCAUUCUAGCAACCCAAAUUAUCUGAAACCCAAAGCUGCAGUCAAUCAAACUUUUGGUCUUCAACAUUUUGCUGGAGUUGUCUUUUAUAAUAUUAGAGGUUUCCUGGAAAAAAACAGGGAUACAUUCAGUACAGACCUUGUCCAGUUGAUUCAAGCCUCUAAAAGCAAGUUUAUCAAUACAUUAUUCAGCUCAGAUUUAUCCAUGGGUACAGACACUAGAAAGCAGUCCAGAACACUGGCAUCUCAGUUCAAAAGAUCUUUAGAACAGCUGAUGACUACUCUCAGCUCAUGUCAGCCUUUCUUUGUUCGAUGUAUCAAACCGAAUGAAUACAAGAAACCUUUGCUCUUUGACCGUGAGCUGUGUUGCAAACAACUGAGAUAUUCUGGCAUGAUGGAGACCAUUCGCAUCAGAAGGGCUGGGUAUCCCAUCAGGCAUCAUUUUGCAGAGUUUGUAGACAGAUACAGGCUUCUGGUGGAAGGUAUCAAGCCAUCUCAUAAAGAGGACUGUAAGGCAGCCUCCAACAAAAUCUGCAUGGCUGUUCUGACUAAUGCUGACUACCAGCUGGGAAAAACUAAAGUCUUCCUUAAGGAUGCACAAGAUGCUUAUCUAGAGCAGCAAAGGGAGAUUAUGCUCACCAAGAAGAUCUUAAUCAUACAGAAGAUGGUCAGGUCUUGGCAUUACAGGAGGCGGUUCUUGAAGAUGAGGAAAUGCAUUGUGACUGUACAGUCCACUGUUAGGGCCUAUCAGGACAGAAAGCGUUUCCUUGUGAUGAAGCAAGGAUACAUGCGUCUGCAGGCUAUGAUCAGGUCCAGGAUUCUAACUGCCAGAUUUAAUUUUAUUCGGGGCUGGGCCCUCAAUGUUCAGCGUUUUUGUCGUGGUUAUCUUGUCAGACAGUGGGUACAGAAGAGAAUGAUUGCUAUCAUACAGAUCCAGGCAUCAAUCAGGACAAUCAUUGCUCAGAAGAAACUCAGGAGAUUAAAGAUUGAGUUUGAUAUGAAGAUGGAGGCUGAGAGACUUAGAAUUGAAGAAGAAGCAGCCCUCAAGAAAAAGAUGAAUGCCAAGAAAGCCAAAGAAGAAGCAGAGCGUCACCAUCAGGAACGUCUGAUAGCGAUAGAGCGGGAAGCUGAGGAGAGAGAGCAGCAGAUGAAAAUUGGUGCCUUACAGAAGAGUCGACAGUUUGAGGAUGUGAUCAGGCGACAGAAUGACCCAGUGAAUGAUUCUAAACUGGGGGAAGUUGAUUAUGAUGGAGUGGUUGAUGAUCUAUUUAAUUUCACUGAAGGAGGUCAAAAUAGAUCAGACCAAGCACCUGAUGUCUUUGGAGGUUUAUUGCCAAACAAUUCUCACUCCAAUGGAUACAUCGCCGACAGCACAAUGGAUCUUCCUGCCCUGGUGGAGGAUGACAUGGAUGUUUCUGAGUUCAAGUUUUCAAAGUUUGCUGCUAUGUACUUCCAGGGCAACGCCACACACACACACAUACGUAAAGCUUUGAGGCAGCCUUUGCUGAGUCUCAGCAAUGAAGGAGAUCAGCUGGCUGCUCUGGCUGUGUGGAUAGUUAUACUGAGAUUUAUGUCUGACCUACCAGAGCCAAGGUAUCAUUCUUCAGUUGCUGAUACAAAGGACAGUACUCCAGUGAUGACCAAGAUUUACUCCACUCUGGGUAGAAAGUUCAGCAAAAAAGAUCUGGAGGAAGCAAUGAAGAUGGGAGAAGAAAUGGAGAAAGAAGCUUCCAAUGUUCCUUAUGCUCGAAAUGCUGGCAAGAAAUCCACCCGAAAAAAGAUAGUGUCCCUGACCUUGAAGAAGAGGUCUAAAAUCACAGAGGAUGUAGCCAACAGGCUGCAGCAUGGCUAUGAUGGUGGAGUCAGUGGUGGUGGCAAUGCACUUUUAGAGGACAGACCAAUGUCCAAUUUAGAAAAACUUCAUUUCAUUAUUGGACAUGGCAUCCUGAGACCAGAACUAAGAGAUGAGAUUUACUGUCAGAUCUGUAAACAGUUAACCAACAACAACAACAAUAGUUCCCAUGCUAGAGGUUGGAUCUUGUUGUGUCUCUGCGUUUGCUGUUUCCCUCCGUCUGAAAAGUUGAAACCUUACCUGAUCAAUUUUAUUCGAGGCGGUCCUCCUGGUUAUGCUCCUUAUUGUGAAGACCAUUUGAGAAGGACCAUGAUCAAUGGUGCCAGAAAUCAACCCCCUAGCUGGUUAGAACUUCAGGCCACCAAAUCCAAGAAGCCAGUUAUUUUACCUAUCACUUUCAUGGACAGUAACUCUAAAACACUUUUGGCAGACUCUGCCACCACAGCUAGAGAACUUUGUCAGCAAUUGUCAGAGAAGAUUGGGCUAAAGGAUCAGUUUGGCUUCUCUCUUUACAUUGCCCUUUUUGAUAAAGUGUCGUCACUUGGCAGCGGAGGGGAUCAUGUUAUGGAUGCCAUUUCUCAGUGUGAGCAAUAUGCUAAAGAGCAAGGUGCCCAGGAAAGAAAUGCUCCAUGGAGACUGUUCUUCCGUAAGGAAAUCUUUGCUCCCUGGCAUGAUCCCAGCGAAGAUCAAGUGGCAACUCACCUCAUCUACCAGCAGGUUGUAAGAGGAAUCAAGUUUGGUGAAUACAGAUGUGAUAAAGAUGAAGAUCUAGCCAUGAUCGCUGCACAGCAGUAUUUCAUUGACUAUAAGCUAGAAAUUGACCCCCAGAGGUUACAAAGUCUAUUGUCUUCUUACAUACCCGAUGCAUACAUACAAAAGACAAAUUCAUCAAACUUGUGGGUGAAUGCCAUCAUCAACAAACUGAAGAGCCCAUACUUCCAGAACCCAAGAAUAGAAGCUAUCAAGGUUAAAGAAGAUAUAGUCAGCUAUGCCAAAUACAAGUGGCCAUUGCUGUUUUCAAGAUUCUAUGAAGCAUACAAGUUCUCCGGCCCAAGUUUGCCCAAGAAUGAUGUCAUCAUUGCAGUGAACUGGACAGGAGUCUAUGUGGUGGAUGACCAGGAACAAGUGUUGCUAGAGUUGUCUUUCCCUGAGAUCACUGCAGUCUCAAGCAGCAGGACUGGCAAGAUGCAUGGUCAGAGUUUCACACUGGCUACUGUGAAGGGAGAUGAGUACACAUUUACAUCACCCAAUGCUGAAGAUAUCAGGGAACUGGUGGUCACUUUCCUAGAAGGACUCAAGAAAAGAUCUAAAUAUGUCAUAGCUAUCCAGGACUACAUUUCACCAGAAGACUCUUCAUUCCUGUCCUUCAAGAAAGGUGAUUUGAUCAUCUUGGACCAGGCUUCAAAUGGAGAGCUUGUCUUAAACUCUGGCUGGUGCUUUGGACAAAAUGUCAACAGCAAUAAAAAAGGAGAUUUCCCAGCAGAGUGUGUCUAUGUGCUGCCAACUAUCACAAAGCCUCCACAGGAAAUUUUAAAUCUGUUUGUUCAAUCUGGCAACCUGAAUGACCAAUACCCCAUAGAGGAUGAAGCAGCUCUUGAGAAAUCAGCCUCUUUACAUACGUUAGAACAGUACUCUUAUGACCAUUUUAGGACACCCCCCAAGCGCACAUUGCAGGGAACAUUAAACAGGCAACAGAAGAACAAAGAACUCUGGAGACACUCUAAGGAACCAUUGAAACAACCAUUGCUGAAGAAACUCACUGGAAAAGAGCAGCAGAGUACAGAUGCCUGUGCAUGUUUCAUGGCUAUCCUAAAAUACAUGGGAGACCACCCAAGUAAGAGAAGUCGCAUCGCCAAUGAGUUUACUGACCAGAUAUUUAGCAGCCCCAUUACCAAUGAGAUUUUAAGAGAUGAAAUUUACUGCCAGUUAAUGAAGCAACUUACAGAUAACAAAUCUCCUGUCAGUGAAGAGAGAGGCUGGGAACUGAUGUGGCUGGCCACAGGAUGUUUCCCACCAAGCACCAAUCUUCUCAAAGAACUAACUGCCUUUUUACGCACAAGAGUUCACAUUGGCAUAGCAGCAGAUAGUUUGAACAGGCUGCAGAAAUGUUUGAGGAAUGGUGUCAGAAAGUAUCCUCCACACCAAGUGGAAGUAGAGGCUAUUCAACACAAGACAACCCAGAUAUUACACAAAGUCUACUUCCCUGAUGACUCAGAUGAGGGUUUUGAGGUAGAGUCCAGCACAAGAGCAAAAGAUUUCUGUCAGAAUAUUGCCAACAAACUGGGAUUAAAGUCUGCUGAAGGAUUUAGUUUGUUUGUCAAGAUUGUAGAUAAAGUUAUUAGUGUUCCCGAAGGAGACUUCUUCUUUGACUUUGUACGCCACUUGACAGACUGGAUUCGUAAAGCUAGACCUACUAGAGAAGGUACACAACCCUCCUUUACCUACCAAGUUUUCUUUAUGAAGAAAUUAUGGAUCAAAACUGUACCAGGGAAAGAUGUCCAGGCUGACCUUAUUUUCCAUUACCACCAGGAACUGCCCAAAUAUUUGCGGGGUUACCAUCGCUGUACAAAAGAGGAAGCAGCUCAACUAGGUGCAACCAUCUACAGAGUCAUGAAUGGAGAGGACAAAUCAAACUUGACCAAAAUACCGGAAUUUUUGAAUCGUUUGAUCCCUGGAGACCUUGUGAAAGCUCAAUCAGCUGAAGAUUGGAAGAGGAACAUUAUAGCUUACUACAAUAAAGAUGCUGGGAAGUCUUCAAAUGAUGCCAAGAUUGAUUUCCUGAAACUCAUUUAUAACUGGCCAACUUUUGGUUCAGCAUUUUUCGAUGUCAAGCAAACAACUGAACCCAACUAUCCAGAAAAUCUCCUGAUUGCUAUCAACAAAAAUGGAGUCAAUUUGAUCCAUCCUCAAACUAAGGAAUUACUGGCAACUCAUCCCUUCUCAAAGAUCUCCAACUGGAGCAGCGGCAAUACCUAUUUCCAUAUGACUAUUGGUAAUUUAGUCAAAGGAAGCAAACUGUUGUGUGAAACAUCAAUGGGCUACAAAAUGGAUGACCUGCUGACUUCCUACAUUAGUCUUAUGUUAAACAAUCUCAAUAGACAGAGAAAGCCUUGAGCUGGGACACCUCUCAUUCUACCACUGUACUGAAAGGCAGAUAGAAGGCUUGUUUGUCUUGACAAGUGUCCAACACAAGGGAUGAACAUAUAUAUAGGAUUGUGUAAAUGCAUUGUAAAUUUGAGAAGUACUGCUUUGGGAAGUUGAUUUUCAGUGUACAUGUGUCUGCAUACUUAGAGCCAUCUCAGCAAGUGUCUGUACAUAUUCACUAUAGUACUUACCACUUAUAAAUAGAUAUGAUCAAUAUGUUUCAUUUUUGUGACAAAGGAUAUGGUCUUCUUCCUGUAACCUAUAUGAAUGGAAGAGAUCCACUUCCUGUUAUUGUAUUUGAUUAGUUCGACCAUCAAGGCUCAUGAAAAUUUCAAUCAAAAAUUUAUGAUGUUUAUUUUUUAUAUAAAUAUUAUAAACAGUGUAUUCAAUUUAACAUUCCUUUUAAAAUUAAUAAUUUUAAAAACAUUUUUUUCAAUAUUUCCUAGCAUUAACCAUUCAAUAAUUGGGUAUAGUGUACUCUUGGGGUGAAACUGUACAGCAGUAAUAUAUCAUGAUUCUGAUAUGGGCAAUCUAUAUUUAAUGCAAUAAUCUUAUCAAUUGUGAAAUAAUCUUAUCAAUUGUUUUACAUAAAUCUUUUCUACUUACUCAAUUAAAAUGUUAGACUUUUUGUUACAAGUUAAAAAUAAAUGUUGAUUGUCACAUGAUGAUCCUGGAUUUGUAAUCAACUGCAAUGAAUUAUUUCUACCCCUAAUUUGAUACACAGUCUCUAUUUUCUUAUUCUAACCAUACAUCAUUUAUAUAAAUAUGUACACUGUAUCAAUUGUAACUGAGGAGUUGAAUUGAGGCUCUACUUCUGGUAAAAAGAUGUUAGUUCUAUGUUCUGAGGGCUGAGUGAGAUGGCAGAGGGACUUUAACUCUUUCUCUCUGUAAUUAUUUUCCUCGUUCCGAUAGAAUUAUUCAUUUUGCUUAUUUAUAUUUCACUAUCCUGAUUUGAUUAAACUUCAAUAACUUUUUUGUUUGUUAUCAGAAAAUGUUAUAUUUGGUAUCGAAUUAUAGGGGAAUUCAUGUUUUUUUCUUUAUUUAACAUUGGCAUCGUCAAUUAGGAGAGAAAGAAUUAAAGGAUUAUUUAUUGAUUUAUUUUGUUUAAACAUUCCAGUACAUAGCAGUAGGUUUCAGUUCAAUCUUGAAUAACUUUUUGGGAGGGCUAUUUAUAGAUGACAAGAAUGUUGGUAUAGCAUCUGAAUUGCUGGCAAGUUGGUUGUUAUGUUGCUUACUUUAUUUGUUUUAUUGGUUGGUAGUUAAUUGAAUGAUUCCUGCUCAUUUGUUGGACCAAAGUAGACCAAGUUAACACACUGUUAUAUAUGGCAUUGCUCUGUCUCUUGACCAGCAUCUCUCAUCUAUUUGAUUCAAUGGAACAUUCAACUUCAUGUCUUUAUCUCUCUCAUACUUUUGUUCUACCAACAACCCACCAUGCUUAACAAUCAUAUAGUAGCAUGUUGGUUUUGUUCAUGGUUAGUGAAGUGAAUGAUUGAUUUCAUUUUUUAAUUUGAUUUAUUUUGUUGUUUUUUGUGUUAUAUCUAUGAUAAACAGUAAUGUUAUUUAUAAAAUUGCCAAAUAAUAGUUUGUUAUUGGCGUUGUGGUUAGGUGUGUAGUUAUUUAUCUUUCAGUUUAUUGAUUACCAGUGAAAAGUUGGCAUAUAAUUAGUGACUGUACACAUGGUUGUUUAAUCUAAAUAUUUUCCAGUUAAGCCAAUUAUUCCUUUUGUACUGUAUAAUCUUAUUUAUCAAAGAGUUGUGACAAUCCUAAUGUAGCCAUAUUUUCAAGAAGAAAUGUGUGUCAAUCAAAAUAAAACAAAAAAAAAUUAUAAACCACAAUUUUUUUUUAGAAAGAAUCUUUUUUUUUUUUUAAUAUAUAAUUUUUAAAAGAAAUUUUUUGUUCCAGUUUUGGCCUCUUUGUGUGACAAAACUUGUGUGUGAAUAGUUUGUUUAAUGUACAUGCAAAAAGUUCUAACUGGUACUAACAAGAGAUUAUCAACUUUGUGAAAUCAAGGUUUCCAUAAUAUUUUGUAUGUCAAGGCUGUGAGAAAUUGUUUGUACUGGUACCGGUUUCUAAAUUAAACAGAAAAAAGGUCAUCCCAAUGUUUGCAUUAAAGAAGGUUUGUGCAUUCUGAAUGACUCUGGCAAAUUUUUGUUUGUUUUUGUUUUUUGUCUGUUUUUUAUAGCCACUUCUGUUCAAGUAUUGGGAUAUGAUGUGUGAUGUUUGGGAAGUUGUGCGUCUUGGCUGCAGAUUUGAGGCACCCAGCUACAGAAGCUGAUCUUCCUAAUAGAAAAUCAAAGUUGGAGAAAUAAUCCUGAGUCAAGCCAUUGUGAAUCUAUUGGGUAUUAAAUAUUAAUUAGGACAAUUGUGCUUGCAAAAUCUUGUCUAUCUUUCAUAUCAACUUCUAAGAUCUCAAAAGGAGGAGCUUUUGUUUAUGUUUAUGAUUGAAUUAUUUACACUAUUAGCUGAAGACUUUCUAUUUAUUAUGUUUACAGCUGACUUCACAUAUCCAAUUAGUUUUAUUUCAUGUUAAUUUUUCAAAAGAAUGUAUUUAUAAAACGUUCAAUGUAUAGUUUAUUUACAAUAGUUCAAGUAAGACUUGAAUGACAUUCUUAAUGUAGUAUCAUAAUGUGUUUGUACAAGUUGGUCAUGUACAACUUGGUCAUAUCCUAUCAGUUUUGUAAACCCACUUUAAGUGCAUACACUUUAUACAAUUUAUAUACAAAUACACUUAUAGCAUUUCACUCAUUAAUACAAUUAUAUUUUUAUAUAUAUAUAUAUAUAUAUAAUAUUUACAUAUAUAAUUUUUUGCUGUGCCUUUGUUAGUUCAAGUGGUCUUUAUUUUUAAUAUGGCUGUUUUGUUCUGUUUUUUCAAUCAACUUUUUCUGUAAAUUUCCUUAAUCUACAUGUCAGAUACUCUUCAAAUGUGGACUUUAAAAAAUGCAAACAUUAUGCAAAGUUUUUCCACUUGUACUAUUGUCUGUCUGUAUUUACAAACUUCUUUUGGCCUACAGGGUCAUUGGUUCUGUGUUAAUGACUUUUUGUGUAGGUUUAUUUUUUGUUCCUCCAGCUUUUCUUUUUCUUUGCUUUGUAAGAUUUUUAAUCCACUACUGCCUAACACCUGAGAGAAUUCAAGCUUUUGCUUGUAGUGAUUAAGAGAUUAGGAAUGCUUUGGGUUAAUGUGCUUCUAUAAAUAAAUUACCUGGGUGUGUUGUUAUUGUUCUGUAAAGAAAUUGCCUUUGUUUUGUUAGAGAACAUUUUAUUUCGUAACUGUUAUCCUACCAAUAGGCCUAAACCCUUAGUUAAGAAAUUUGAUCUGAAUGGAUAUAAUAUUCAAAGUAAAGUAGGCCUAAUGUAAAAAUAAUAUGCUGAAAUAGUGGGUCUAAAAAAAAAAAUAUUAAAUUAAAGCACUGGUCACUUUCAUUGUCUUAUAUUUCUUUCAAAAUGUAACCAUACAAGUUCUCAUGGAUUCAUGUUACAAGUUCUCAUGGAUUCAUGUUACAAGUUCUAAUGGAUUCAUGUUACAAGUUCUCAUGGUUUCAUGUUACAAGUUCUAAUGGAUUCAUGUUACAAGUUCUCAUGGUUUCUUGUUACAAGUUCUCAUGGAUUCAUGUUACAAGUUCUCAUGGUUUCAUGUUACAAGUUCUCAUGGAUUCAUGUUACAAGUUCUCAUGGAUUCAUGUUACAAGUUCUCAUGGUUUCAUGUUACAAGUUCUCAUGGAUUCAUGUUACGUACAAUAGAAGCGAUGGAAAAGUGUUGUUUCUUUCUCUUGUUUUUCUUUUUUUAGGGGGGGGGGGGGGGGUUUACACCACCUACAGAAAAAUAUUAGACAUCUGAUGAUAGUAAAGGGAUAAAAUCGUAGUUUUGAAAUUGAAGACCUUACACUUAACUAAGACAUUAAUUUAAACAUGUACAUUAUUUGUUUCUAUUGUGUACCCAUCAUUCCCUUACAAUUAUUCAAUUUGUUAUCUUGUUUUGCUUUUUUGUUAGUUUCUUUAUUCAGACUCAUGCCAUUGAUGAACUUAGGAAAUUCUGUUGAUAGUUUGUUUCUAUCAUUUAAGUAGUUGUUUAUUUACCAGUUCAAAGUUAAGUUUCGACCAAAAGAUCAUUGUAUCUUUUUUUUUUUUGUUCAAUAAUCUUGUACCAAGUCAAGUAACACAUUUGUUUUUCUUAUUUUGCCUACAAAAGUGGACAUACCUUUGUGUGUAGAACAUGUAUACCUUUGUGUGUUCUUUCAGAAGUUGUUGUUUUUUUUCUCCUCUUUCUUCCAGGCCAACUGAAAACAAAAAACAAUGUUCAAAAUUUGCUCAGUUUUUUGUGGUACAACAACUAUUGAGAAGUUGAAUGCAAUUUCAAUGUCAUUGUAUGGAGCCUCUCUGUAUCUGUCUGUAAGCUCAUUUGUCACUGAUGUCACACUUUGUAAAGUAAUCAAUCAUUCAAUCAUUGUCACUGUUGUACUCAUUCUUAAUGGUCUAUUGGGCUCACAUGUCUUCAACUGAUUUCACUCAGUUUUGCAAUAAACUAUGCCACAGAAACAACUUUUCAUUAUGAAAUAUUAAAAAUAUUAAUGAGAAAAAAAAAA